AUGGUUAACUUAUCUCUAUACACAGUUAAAGCUGUGUUGAUUUUGGAUGGAGAAGGAAGAAGACUUUACUCGAAAUACUUCCAUCCACCACACGAAGAAAUUUCUGCAGAUUCUCUUGCAUCCAGCUUAAAGAAGCAAAAAGAGUUCGAAUCUAACCUAUUUGCUAAAACUCAUGGGCAGAAUUCAGACAUUAUGAUAUCAGACGAUCUAUUAGUUAUUUACAGAGAAUAUGUCGAUGUUUCGAUAUAUCUGAUCGGUGCAAUCGACGAAAACGAAAUUGUUUUGCAAGAAGCAUUCAACGGGUUCAAAGAUUCCCUAGAAUUGAUAUUGGAUACAGGUAUUGACAAGAGGAGUGUUCAGGAACAUUAUGACAUGGUGGUUCUAGCAAUUGAUGAAUUGAUUGAUGAUGGUAUUAUCUUAGAAACUGAUCCAGCCACAAUUGCCUCUAGAGUGACGAAACCGCCUUCAAAGGAUAUCCCAUUGAAUAUAGAAUUGAAUGAAAAGGGUUUGCUAAGCGCGUGGGGCUUUGCCAAGAGUAAAUUGGCUGAAAGAUUACAGCAGGGCUUGUAA